AUGUCGAACGCUUCUGGUUGGCUAGUGACCACGAACCAAGCUGCCUGUGUCCAUCCACGAUUUAUGCCUGGAUACAAAGGUUACGUUCCGACGAUGAAAUACGAACAUGGCGAAACAUAUGGCAACCAGACGAACAAAUGCUUUCAAGAUUUUCGCUCCAAAACUUUCGAGACAUCGAGAACUCUCUCAAACAGAGGCGGCUAUUUUGCUACGAGGUUCACCAGUAAUCCUGAUCUUGCGUGUGAAGCCAGGACACGGAAGCUAGAUAGAUGGCUUCAGCUGCCUACCUACAAACUCACAAAUCAGGAUUAUACAACGCUACACAAUAGAGUUCAAUUCAUGAAACUAGCGAUGUGCCACAGAGCGCAUUACAACGAUUAUACCGGCACGAUUCCAAGUGUCGGAUACUUUCAAGAACCGAAACCGUUCGAAACUCGAGAGAUGUUCACGACAAGGAAGAACAUUUCCUACUGUUGUAAUCAUCUUGAAUGA